ACCGACCCUCCUUGUCUUUCACCCUCAUCUUGCUCUCCUCCAACUCCCAUUUAUCAUGGCGAAACAGCAGCCAAGAUAUUCAUUAUUCACGCCACCAACGCUUGAAACGUCAGAGCUUGUCAAGGACACGUUGGACCACGAGAAAACCGAUAUGCUCAUAGACAAAUGGCUCGAGCAUCGAGGGCACCCUCACGACGCAUAUCACGACUGGUUUCUCUGCAUUCGCGAACGAAAACACGCACAUAACCACAAGCAAACGUUGCUCUGGAACAAAGGAGAAUUCGUUCCCGAAAACAUCUUUUGCAGAACGGUCGAUACGGGGAGGUUGAUUCCUCUUGAUAGAACAUGGAAAACCCAUGUUUAUUAUCACAGGUCCAUGCAAGAUAGGAAACUUCCUAUGAUGCCCGUCGUUUUUACGAUGCUGCCAGAACUCAUGCUGUUACGAGGAAUGCACGACAAUGGAUGUGAUGAUAUUUACAUUAUUGUGACGGAUCUGAAAAAGCAGGAGAUGGACGAUGUAACUGAAUACUUUAAACUCGUUUGCCAACAUACUUUUGGGCGGGCGUGUAAACCCAGUCUCGAACGUCAGAUCCAAUAUGAACAUAUGAGGAUUACCCAUUCUCUUCAUCGUCAUCGAAGGUUACCAUGUUUUCCUCAAAUCGAUCUAACAUUCCGUGCAUUGCUCUACGAGAAGAAACCGCGUUUCCUGAUCCUUUUUUCCCAUCAAACGACAUCCUACUCCCAGAUCCUUUUCACCCACCCCUCAUACGUACCGGAUGAAGAUAUCUUUUACGAUUACCCAACUGGCUGCCCCAACCCAUGCUGCACAGACGACUGUGAGAUGAUCCGCUUCCCCAGACGAGGUCUUGAAACUGCCGCGGUUUUGGAUAUCAAGCGGGUCGGAAAGUUUGGAAAGAAAGUUAAAGAACGGUUGAUGUGUAAUUGGAUCGAGUGCGACGUGUGCUUUUCGGAAGAACCUGCUCCUGGUUUUCCAAAAGUUCACGACAGAGAUGGGAGCACUGAAGGAUCGGAAGAAUCUAUCAACAGCAAGAGGAAGGUGGGGACGGUACCAGGCCAGCUUUGUAGCAAAUGCAGGCUGGUUCGAUAUUGCUCUAUCGAACACCAAAGGAAUGAUUGGGAUGAGCACCGGCGAGUAUGCGUCAAGAUGACCUGACGCAUGCGAGCCAUGCGCAGCACACCCGGUUCCGUCGCUGCUGUCAGUUUCAAGAUUCUUCCAUUUGUUGCCUGCCCUUGCUUAAUUAUAUUUUGCAAUUCACAUUCGCAUGCAACUUCCGCCUUGUCACUUAUUUAGCACCGUUGUAUCAGGACUUGUUCUCAUGUUUACAUCUUGUACCCUUCAUGUAUAGUAUUCUUCUGAUAGUUCGAACCCCACACUUUGCUUCGGGCAUUUUCGACCUC